AGGCACUGUGAGCAUGAGUUUUUUUUAGUCGCUAUUUCAACUUUGAAGUGAACGCACGUCAUUUUUGUCGCGCGCGUUGUUACAAUCCCCUCUUUUUGAAGGAGCCAAACGAAACCCGAAACUGAAAACUGAGCCAAUCGAAUAACACGCACACUUUCAAAGUUCGUGUGUGUGUGUGUGCGUGAGCGAGUGGUCACUAAAAAGGCAGCAGUAAAGGGGAGCCCCAAAACAACAACUUAAUGUCCAAAUGAAAUAAGUGAAAAUUUCACACCGAAAUUAAUAAAGACAUUAGUGCGUGUGGGCGUGGCUCAUUUGGGGCAUUUAACGGAGGCCAAGAUGUGUGCGGAGGAUCCCUUUACCCAGCACCAGCUGCCGCACCACCAUAAAACCGAGCACCACCAAUGCCUCCAGCAGCUGCGGAUGAAUAUGGAGCAACAGGACGGAGCUCUCUCUCCAGGAGUGAGAAAAUCGGCCACAGGAAGGACGGCGGCCACGAGUUUGCAGAUCUGGUAUAUCCUACAUGUGAUACUAGUCCUAAUCGACAUUAGCAGCUCGCUGACAAUGACCGAGGUGAAGAUACCCAAUCACAUAAUGCGCCUGAAGAGCGCCACUCUGGGCUGUCGUUACGCCCUCGACGGGGAGUCCUUGUACUCGGUGAAGUGGUAUAAGGACGGGCACGAGAUCUACCGCUAUGUGCCACGCGAUAAGCCCCCCGGACAGUCCUUCCCCCUGCCCGGCGUCAACAUCGAUCUGCGUAACUCCUCGGACACCCAGAUCCUCCUGCGCCGCGUUACCCUGCAGAGUUCCGGACUUUAUCGGUGCGAGGUGUCCGGCGAGGCGCCCGCAUUCAACACCGUAUCCGAGUCGGAGACCAUGACCGUUGUGGUGACUCCCAACCACGGACCGAAAAUAACAGGUGGCCAGCCGCGCUACCAAAUCGGAGACACCGUCCGGGUGAACUGCACCUCGUCGCCGUCCAAGCCCGUCUGCCACCUGAGCUGGCUUAUUAAUGGGGAACCGGUGCAGAAGUCGCACCUGCGGCAGUACGACAAGGUGGUGGUGAAUCGAGAUGGGUUGGAGAUGGCUCGCUUGGGCCUGGAGUUCAAGGUGCGGCCCUUCCACUUCAAGCACGGCGACAUGAAGCUGAAGUGCGUGGCCAAGAUCAGCUCCUUGUAUCUGCAGAGCAAUGAGGAGAGUGUGGAAGGCGAAAGCCAGCAGCGAGCCCCGGCAUUGGAAUCGCGGGAGACGGUGGCAGCCAAGUCGAGCACGAUUGCUGCCGGCUGUGCAACACUGCCCUCAAGCCUGAUUGUAGUACUGCCACCUGUUAUCCUGCUGCUGCUGUUUCAAAAUGGGAACUGGCCCAGAAAUAGUUAACUCUUUUAAGAAUAAGGAUCGCAAUAACUGAAGCCCAUUGACUAGCAGAGCCGUUCGUAAAAGCAGACAUAUCCUACGCCAAAAACUUUAAGACAGAAACCAAGGGAUUUAUUUAUACCUUUGGUUUAAUUCAAAAUUCAAUCGAUGUAUGUGUGCAUGAAAAAAGAGGAUAUAUAUUACCUAAUUAAGAGCCAGAUAUUCCACUAGAAUAUCGAAAUGGUAACUACUUAACGCGAGCAUUUAAACAGAGGCUAAGAAACUGUAAAUAAAUAUUCUUAGUAUUAGGCAAUUGUAUGUAGCUCUAAGAAAUUGUUGUUUAGGCAAAUCAUUCGUUGAUCUUAUGUGAUAUUUUCUUCAUUUUGAGAGCGAUAGGAAGUAAAUCCGUGUAGAAAAUUAAUUGCAUUCGACAUAUUUGAUUUCAUUUUGAAAAUCCUUUCAAUUUAUCAUCCAUUUUGGGCAUAUCAAAAGCAACAAUACAUUUCGAUUGUAAAAAACAUAUUCGCACUUUGAUCUACAUACCAAGACAAUUUAACCUAACACAAUUUUUCAUUAACUUAAGAUUUAAAGCAAGUGUAAGAAAAUUGUAAAGCAAAAAGUCUAAACUUUAUAGAAUUAAACUAAUGGAAACCAUGAAAACCAAGUAAUAUCAGCCAGAAAGUAAUUAAGCUAAGACUAAGGAAAACUUGCAUUUGCAUUCCAAAAAUUCCUCAAAGAGAAAGAUUAUGGAUAAGUAUUUUCAUCAGAAAGCUGUAAAUAGCCAGACAAAAAGCCAAGGAUUGCACAAGUUAAAAACUUUCAAAUUUGGCAGUAGUCCUGAUAUAAGCGUGUAUGUAACUAAAUGUAAUCGGUUUAAUCAGUGCCGAGCUGAGAAAUGUCGAAAGGCCAUUUCAAAAUUCUCAUUACCUAUGAAAAUGUUCUUGCAAAGGAAACUAAGCCUGGUUGUUUUCAAUCAUUUCUGAGAGCUGUAAUAGUUUCACACACUGUUCUGUUAGUUCGUUAAAAACUGUAAUGAAGGUAUAUGACCAGGUGAUAUUCACAGCUGAGCUGUUGCACCACAGAUCUGUGGGCAGCCGAAUCAAGGAGACACGGCGCCAUUGGGAGGAGCGGUGCUCCUGGUUUCCGGCUGCCCAAAGGAAUUUGGAAGCAAGGUGUUCUGAAAUUUACAAGGAGAGUUUCGAGCAGUACGGCAACGAUCACUUCGAGUUCUAUGCAAACAGAAAUCGUUUGAGGGAAGAACACAGAGUUAAUACCAAAUCAUAUAGACGUCGGGAAAGAAGAAGGUCUCAUAGACCCAUGGACCACUUAAAGGAAUUCAGGGUGUCACCAACUUCAAAUGGGGAUUACGGAAGUGUUCGGCCAAUGCAACUCCUUCAAUGGCUUUCUAAAUCUUAAAUCUAAACGAUUAAAUUGUAAAGUUUGCAAAAUAGUAAGAUAGAACUAGUAUAAAUAAACAUACACCAAACCACAUUGAGGUAAGGUGUAUUGACCUUAUAAAGAAAAUGAAAAGAGAAUGAAAAGAUUAUAGGCAAAUUACCAUAAACUGGCAUCGUUUACUUAAACAUAUUCAAUUGUAAUGCGAAUUGAUUCAAACUUAAAUUUCAAGGAGCUUUUGUUCACUUUUAAAGAAGGUCAAAUCCAUUAGUUGUACCAGCCACUUCAAACCAUUUUUAAAUGUAAAUUCGUAUGAGCUAUUCAUAAAAAGAAAAUAUUCGUGUAUGACAAUUUUAAUAGUUUGAGAAAAAAAGUUUGGAAAAAACCAAUUGAGGCAGUCAUUCUUUCCAAUGAGUAACAUUAAAUUCCCCCUUGAGAAAUUAGCCACAUGCAUGAUACAAAUCCUUGCCUUAUGCAUGAUACAAAUCCUUUGCCUUAUGCUAAUGUGGCUCAAACUGAGUCAGAGUGCCCCAAAGUCCGAUACCGAGCAGUUUAUGGCGAAACAAAAAAGGUGGAAAUUGUCUGAGACAUGCAAAAUGCGAAAACGCGCAACGAACCGCAAUCGAAUGCAUUCAAGUCCAAACAGAGUAACCAAGCAGCAAACAAAAGGCCAAAAGCAGUUCAUGACUCAUGCGAUGACUGGGGUUUCCAUAUGGAAAGGUACAUCGCAUGUCUGCCGGAGUCACCUGGGCGUGAGAAAUGCAAUCCAAUGGCUCAUUUGCAUACAAAGCCGUUCGAUUGUGGGCCAAAGGCAUCGGGGCGAUGGCUACAAAUGGCCAGCAAGCAGCUGCUGGUCUGGGCCGAAAAUUUAUCUCGGACAUCUCAGCUUGGCAUUGAUCGACUGGCAAGGGGCGUAGACCCCUACAACUUAGCCAAAAUGAAUGUUUCUUGUACAUAGCCAGCGACGUUUGAACUCAAAUUUACUUAGGAUCUAAGCGAAAUAAAUCCUCGGCAACUCUGUAAGCUAAUCUACGUCUAAAUCUAAGCAAAUCUUGUGCGUGUUGUAAAUUCAAAAUUAAAACAUAACUAAACCAAACCCAGAAGAGGCGGAAAAUAAACAUUCCUUGUCGGAUUUAGCUAAGUCAACAACUAACCUUCCUUCAUUAACCUUCAUCAAUGAACUUUGUUAAUACUUUAGUUUACCAUUUAUUUGUAAGAAUUGGAAAAUCAAAUGUUCGACAAAGAAAGUAAAAACCAGAUAGUUUGUAAAACUGAACAUGAAAAUGAAAAAUAAAUUAAGUCAAGAAAAGC